CGACGCCCCUUUCCCCUUCCCGAUCGCCAUGUUCCGCGCAUCCGCCCGUCUCGCACACGAGAACCCGCUGGGCAUCCCUCGCGCGCGGACGCUCCCGAAGGAUGUGCCCUCCCUCCCCAGGCGCGGAGGAGGAAUUGAGCGCAGGCCCAUCGCGCACGUCCGCAGGGUGAUCGCGGUCGCUAGUGGUAAAGGCGGCGUCGGCAAGUCCACCAUCGCCGCCAACCUCGCCGCCACGCUCGCUUCACACCUCCAACUGCGCAUCGGCCUCCUCGAUCUCGACGUCUUUGGGCCAUCUGUACCCACUCUUCUUGGUCUUCACGAUGCAUUCGAGCCGGAACUCACCGACAAGGGCGCCAUUCGCCCCCUCGUGAACCACGGAAUGCCAAACAUGUCCAUGGGGUACCUCGUCCGCCCCGAUGCCCCCGUCGUCUGGCGCGGGCUCAUGGUACAGAAAGCUGUGCAACAGCUGCUUUUUGAUGUCGACUGGUCCGCUGCUAGUCCUGCAGGACUCGAUGCGCUCGUGGUGGACCUACCUCCGGGCACGGGCGACGUUCCCCUGUCACUCGCUCAGCUCACCAACGUGCACGGCGCCGUGAUAGUAUCAACACCACAAGACGUCGCUCUCGCCGACGUGCGCAAGGGCAUCAACAUGCUCAGAAAGGUCAACGUACCGAUAACUGGCCUCGUCCUCAAUCAGUCGCACUUCCUCUGCCCCUCAUGUACUACGCCGCACUAUCUUUGGGGUCCGCCAGACCACGUCCGCGAAUUCGCUAAAGACACCGAUAUUGACCUUCUCGCCGAGCUGCCCCUCGCCCCUGCAGUAGCCGCCGCGGCAGACGCAGGCGUGCCGUACCUCCUGAUAUCUGGGGAGAAGCGGAAAGACGAUGGUCCUGGGGCGGAGCAAUGGCUUGAUCGUAUGAAGUCUAUGGCGGAAAAAGUAUGGCAGGCUAUUCCAUGAACGCAAUCGAUGACCUGGCCAACUUGGAAUGGAUAAACGACGCGAGCUGCCUACUGCAUAUGGUCGCAGUUACUAAGUACGAACACUGGACGCGGAUGAUAUAGAUGAAGCACAUCUCGAAAACAUCAAGCAAAUAGACACAAGUGCGGGAGUAGCAAGGAGACUUGCGAUGCGACGUGAGGGAAGG